AUGACUUCAAACAGUCUCAUCAAGCUUUCAUGCCUAGUACAUUAUAUUGAUGACAAAAAAAUAUUAUCCAAGGCAGAACAUUUUUUAGAAUGGGGUAAUGUCACAAGCUUUAAUUAUAUACCUGAUAUUGGUGUACUUAGUGGCCAAGUGCAUGCUAGUAUGAAAAAUAAAUCGAUAUUCUUCAUAGACGAGAAUAUUGAUCAUGCCAGUUGUACAUGUCCAACAGGUUUGACAAAAUGCCAUCAUAUGGUUUCACUUCUUUUACAUGGGCAUACAAAUAUAUCGGUGAUUGAUAUAGCAUACAGUUGGUCAAAAAAUGUGCAAAAUAAAAUUAAUUGCAAAUGUUGAUGAAUUAAAUAUGUCAAACAAUUGAUCAAAAUUUAAGAUAUACUCUGAUGUACCUAAAGCAUUAUG